GCUGUGGCGACAAUAGUUAAUUUAGACUGAGUUAUCAUGAACUAUGAUGAUCAUUUCUCCGACCUCGGUCCAGCUCCACCUACAAAAAACAAUUACUUCAGGGCAUAUCCCCUCAUUUUCUUCAUUAUAGUUUUUGUGUCUUCUACCAUAAUUCUCUCUCUAAUUUUUGGGUACUUUUUUCUCCUUAAGCGCAAGAAUAAAAAAGCUGAACUCCAGAUGAUAUCAACCAGUUACGAAGAUGUGUUCAAAAUAUGGAAUUAUGAUGGUAGAAUUCUGUUUGAGGACAUAAUUAAAGCAACUGAGGAUUUUGACAUCAAGUAUUGCAUUGGCACCGGAGGUUAUGGCAGCGUUUACAAAGCAGAGUUAUCUGGUGGCAAAGUAGUUGCUGUGAAGAAACUUCACCGUUCAGAGUUAUGUUUCUUCAACAAUUUCCAAAAUGAGUCUCAUUUACUGUCUCAAAUACGACAUCGAAACAUUGUCAAACUUUAUGGUUUUUGUUUGCAUAGAAGAUGCAUGUUUUUUAUUUAUGAGUACAUGGAGAGAGGUAGUUUGUUCUGUGUGUUGCGCAACGAUGAAGAAGUUACUGAGUUGGAUUGGAAGAAGAGAGUGAACAUUAUCAAGAGUGUGGCACAUGCGUUGUCUUACUUACAUCAUGACUGCGUUCCACCGGUUGUUCACCGUGAUAUAUCAAGCAACAACAUUCUAUUGAACUCGGAAUUAGAGACAUCCGUUGCUGACUUUGGUUUGGCUCGACUUCUAAAUUUUGACUCAUCCAAUAGAACGAUGAUGGCUGGCACAUAUGGAUAUAUAGCUCCAGAACUUGCCUACACCAUGAUUGUGACGGAGAAAUGUGACGUUUAUAGUUUUGGCGUUCUGAUACUGGAAGUAUUAAUGGGCACACAUCCGAGAGAUCUUCUUUCAUCAUUAUCAUUUCCAUCUACUCAACAUCGAAUGCUAAUUGAUCUUUUAGACCCACGUCUUCUACCACCAGUUGAUAAAAAGGAUGUGCAGAAUAUUGUGCUUGUUUCUGCUAUAGCAUUUGCAUGCUUGCAUUCUAAACCCGAAUCUCGACCUACAAUGCAAUGUAUCUGUAAAAAAUUGCUUACCGGAAAACCAAUGGAAAAGUCCUUUCAAGAAAUUACUAUAUCAAAACUCGGAUAUUCAGAAUGGUAGUUUGUUGAUGAAUGCGAUUUUUAAGCAUAGAUGUAAUUCAAACAUGUAUUCUUGACUGCUAUUUUCUUUUGUUUCUAACUAUCCUUUAAGGAUUGUUAUGGCUUGUAACUAGUUAGUGUUUAUAUCAAUC